CCGAACUCGACUCGAAAGCUCCAGCUUCAGGGAAGUUUUUCUUGGCAGUUCCAGUACUCUUGUGUUUUGUUGUGUGAAUUUACAGAAAAGUUUUUACAAAAAAUGCCGAAAAAGGGCCAUCGGAAAAACUCCAAGAAGAUGAAGCACCAGAACCAGGAGAACGAAGCGCGCUCUGCCGAAAAAAAGCAACUCAAAGAGAUGCUAAUAGAACGUGAUCUGUUCCGUCCCGGCAUGAAGAUCCAGGAAAUGCGAGAGCUCUGCACCGCCAUCGAGGAGUCAAUGCUGGACCAUGAAUUGCUCCAAAGAAGCAAUCAGUUCAACGGAAGCUUCAGGGAUGAGGACUUGAAUCAGCGCAUUCUGCGGGACUUCACCCUUCUGGAGAACCCGGCGUCCUCGGAAAAGCUAAACUUUAUUAGCGAUCCAGCCACUCCACCGACGAAUGCGUCCCCUCCGAAGUUCACCGGUCGUCGUCCAUCACCUAACAUGUCCGAAUUUCCUCCACUGACAUCACCGAUUGCAGGAAAAGCCCCCUCGGGACCAUGUUCCAAACCAUCCGACUCUGACAGUGAUGGCGACUAUUACUCGCCCGAAUUUCCAGGUCCGUGCUGCCGUAUCUCCCAUGUCGUCCAAGUCGAAGUCCACCCGGAGCCACGAGCCUAUGAUUGCAACGGUGACGACGAUAAACAGCUACGCUGGAUUGCUUCGCCGGGGAUUAAAUCAUCGCCAAGGCUGGUAAAGCCGUCAGCCAAAGCGUGGGACGCCAUUGACGAAGUGCCCUGAAUCAUACCCGAAAGCUAUCAGUUAUCAUUUCACCGCCACAGAAACUCCUGUAAAAAUGUCUACAAAAACUGCUCACCGAACGCUUUCCACUGAUGAACUUUGUCUUUAAAGCAUUCAUCGCCUUUUCCAAUAGUCGACCGAUAUUGUU